CGUUUGUCACAAUACUGUCCCUUCAGUUUGCGUCAGGAUUUCCAGAUAGGGGAAAGCCUCAAAGAUAUCCACUGCUUCAGUCAACUUACAUUACCUGACACAGUUCUUGUACAACUGUGGACAUACUGUGGGGCAUCAGGAUGGAGAAUCCACAGCAUGUUACAUUUCUGCUAGUUGCUUUCAUUGUGUCCUCUGCUCAAGCGACUGCAGAGGCUGGCUCCAGUGAAAUGUCAACAAAUAGAUCCAACCCGAUAUUGAACAUGGCACAUUACUCCCUUGAUGACAAGUACGAAGGCUGCCUGGCGAGCAUGCAGAGCAUCCUGAAGUCUCUCCUUCUAAGUGAGCUGAAUAUGUCUAGGAUUUAUAAGGAAGCAUGGGAGGAAGCACUGUUUAAUUGGCAGGAGAACCAGUCCUGGUUAUACCCUAGGAAUAUGGAAGAGCUCUCUGAAGUGGCUAUCUGGGCAUACACUCUAGAAUACCCUUCACUCUACAGGAAGUUCAAUGCUGCCACCCGCACAGCAGGAAAAGGGCCUGAGGAAUAUGAGGCUUACCCUUUCAAGUCCCUGCAUUUCCUCUUAACCCAGGCAACCCUGUCAUUCAAACUAAAGGACCACAGGUGUGUUAAGGUCUACAGGGGCACUGAUGUGAUGUUUUCAAUCAAUGACCUCUUCAGGUUUGGGCAGUUCACUUCCACAUCAGAGAACUCGAAGGUGGCUGAAGCGUUUGACACUGUAACCUUCUUCAAAUUGUUCACCUGCGAGGGGAUUGAUAUAAGUGAGAUGUCAUUUAUGGAUGAAGAGGAGGUGUUGGUCCCUCCCUAUGAAAUUUUCAAGGUCACCGCAGUUGAAGUCACCUUAGAUGGCAAGACCGUAGAUGCCAAGUCAGUGGGGACUUGCAGCUACCACAACUGUGCUUUUGAGGGAGAAGGUUGGGAUAAUAACCACGCCUGUCCUGGACAUCAAGUGCUGUAUUUGUGAGACCUCAUCAUCCCAGUGAUGUCAGGUUGUGGCCUGCCAAGAAUAACGCUUUGCAAGAAUCUCUGUGGCCUUUCCACAUUGUCUAUGUCUAUAUUUGUAGAUGUCGGGUCAAGAAUCUGAAGGAAUGCUGGCCCCAUAGCAAUUUUAUUUCCCCUUUUACAGGUAGCAAAAUUAGGGUGGGGAGAGAUUUCAGCACUUUUUGAGAAUGGCAAAAAGAGGGCAAAAGGAGUGAGGGAUGUAGGCCUUA